AUGGCGAUCAGGAAUUUAACAGAAUCGCAUAAUGUUAGUGCAGUGAGCCUCGGGAAUCAAGAAGAAUAUGAUGACUCUGAACUACAAGUGGAUCAACAUCAACCAUUCUUGAACGAUCAAACUAUGAAUUUCCCAAGAACUAGCAGAAGCACAAAGCCAUUCUUAGGAAGCGAUGAAGAACAGGAUGAUGACGAUGAGUUAAGGUCAGACACUUCCUCCAUUCAUUAUCAAAACCGAGAAGAUAGCAAUAUGUCUUUGAUGCAUAAUAAUUCAGAACUACAAAUAAACAAGAAUCCAGCAGCUGUAUCAGAAUAUAAAGGUUAUUAUUCUAAGAAUGGAGGCAGUAGUAAUAAUCUAGCUCCAGAUUCUUCAUUUCUCUUACCCCCACAGAGAGGUUUACCAUCCUCCACAUCUUUAAGUACGGGGAUAUCCACUAAUGAUAUUCUUUCUCCACCUGCAUUCGAUAGAUAUCCAUUAGUUGGUUCUCGAGUCACUUCCAUGGUGAAUCCGAAUUCUCAAACGACCAACGCAAAUUCCAAUAUUUCAUCGCCUGGUUUACCCUCUACAGAAUCAUUUGCAUCAAGUAACCCCUUCAUUGGUGAGCAAGAUUUUUCACCAUUUGGUGGUUAUCCAGCAUCAUCAUUCCCUCUAUUAACGGAAGAGAAGGAAAAUGAUGAUUAUUUACAUAACCCUGAUCCAGAGGAAGAGGCAAGAUUAGAUAGAAGGAAAUAUAUGGAUGAUUUCAAAUAUAUGGAUAAGAGAUCCUUUGGUGGUCUUGUUGGUGUUGUAUUUCUUAUCCUCGCGGGCGUAGUGAUAUUUGUCAUUCUACCUGCAUUAACUUUCACUGGGGCUACUGAACAUGGGAAGGACACUCAAGUGAUUCAAUAUUUAACACAAUAUCAAUAUCCACAAUUAUCCGCUAUAAGAACGUCGUUAGUGGAUCCAGAUACGCCCAAGAGUGCAUAUUCAAGACAGGCAAAGGACGAUUCUUAUUGGGGGCUUGUCUUUUCAGAUGAAUUUAAUGCUGAAGGAAGAACUUUUUACGAUGGUGAUGAUCAAUAUUGGACAGCUCCAGAUAUUCAUUACGAUGCUACUAAGGAUUUAGAAUGGUAUUCUCCCGAUGCAUCCACUACCGUGAAUGGUACAUUACAAUUAACUAUGGAUGCAUUCCAAAAUCAUGGAUUAUAUUAUAGAUCAGGUAUGUUACAAAGUUGGAAUAAAGUAUGUUUCACUCAAGGUGCCUUGGAAAUUUCUGCAAAUUUACCUAAUUAUGGUAGAGUUUCAGGGUUAUGGCCUGGGUUGUGGACCAUGGGUAAUUUAGCUAGACCUGGGUUUUUAGGUACUACGGAUGGUGUUUGGCCAUAUUCAUAUGAUUCAUGUGACGCUGGUAUUACACCAAAUCAAAGUUCACCUGAUGGUAUUUCUUAUUUACCAGGGCAAAAAUUAAGUGCAUGUACUUGUGAUGGUGAAGAUCAUCCUAAUCCUGGUGUUGGUAGAGGUGCUCCUGAAAUUGAUAUUAUUGAAGGUGAAGUGGAUACUACCCUUGGUGUUGGUGUUGCAUCUCAAUCUUUACAAGUGGCACCAUUUGAUAUUUGGUACAUCCCCGAUUAUGAUUUUAUUGAAAUUUAUAAUUUUACUACAACUGUGAUGAAUACAUAUUGUGGUGGACCCUUCCAACAAGCUGUCUCUGCAGUGUCUACAUUAAAUACCACAUGGUAUGAAUUUGGUCCAGAUGGUGGUUAUUUCCAAAAAUUUGCCAUUGAAUAUCUUAAUGAUGAUGAUGAUGGUUAUAUUCGUUGGUUUGUUGGUGAUGUCCCCACCUUUACCAUUUAUGCCAAGGCAUUACAUCCAAGAGGUAACAUUGGUUGGAGACAAAUUAGUAAAGAACCCAUGUCCAUUAUUAUGAAUUUAGGUAUUUCCAACAAUUGGGCAUACAUUGAUUGGCAAUACAUUUUCUUCCCUGUGACCAUGUCGAUUGAUUACGUGAGAAUAUACCAACCUAAUGAUACGCAAUCAAUCACGUGUGAUCCCGAGGAUUACCCUACAUAUGAUUACAUUCAAUCACAUUUGAAUGCAUAUUCUGAUGCCAAUUUGACAAGUUGGAAGCAAGCUGGUUACACAUUCCCUAAGAAUCAAUUAACUGGGAAUUGUAAGAGUUCUAAGUUUAAGGCUUCGUCAUGA